CCUGCGCAAGCCAUGCCUCCUCUGCUCUUCCUCCCUCUCGUGCUCGUCUUCUUCGCCGCAGCCGAUGCCUCCCUCACCGCCUGCCGCAACGCCACGUGCGGUGCCAUGGCCGUCGUGUACCCGUUCUGGCUGUUCAACAGCAAUUCUCCUGCUUCUGCCUUGGACUGUGGCUACCCCGGCCUCGGCCUCCGCUGCGUCAACAACACUCUGAUUCUCCCCUUCCGGACGCACAAGUACAGGGUCCUGGCAAUCGAAUACAGCACACACACCAUCUCCAUCACCGACGCCGACAUGGAAUACUCCAGCACAAACAGCAGCUGCCCGCACCUUCACGCCAACCUCACCAUCGACGACCGCUCCUGGCUGCAGCUCGCGAGCUCGGUCUCCAACAUCACCUUCCUCUACAACUGCAAGAGCAACGUUUCCUGGGCCUCCGCUUGGAAACUAUCUGGAUGUGCAGCUGGAUCAGGGAAUAGCUCGUACGUGUUACUGGAUGGCGGGGUCACGGGUGAGGCUUACGGUUACGAGUGCGAGACGGUGGUGAUGGCGCCGGUGCUGGAUGCGCACAAGAAGACCAUGGCGGGUGUGUUCGGGAGGCUUCCUCCUGAGAACAGAUCAUUUGGCGAGGUGCUGAGCGCUGGGUUCCAGCUGACCUACAGCGCUCACUCCGACAAAUGCAGCAAAUGCGAGCGGACCAAAGGAUGGUGCGGCUACCGGCACAACGAGACGUCCACCACCAUGGAUUUCACCUGUUUCUGCGAGGAAGGCUCGACCAAGAGCCAUUGCGGGGCAAAAGGCUUGAAGAGGAAAUUAUAUGCAAUAGCAGUCGCCUCAAGCAUACUUUUGCUAUGUCUACUUCUCUUUGCGAGUCUGUUCACUCUCAAGAAGUAUAGGUCCAGAAAGAUUUCUAACGAUGCACCAAGGAUUGAGUCCUUCCUACAAAGGAAUGGAACCAUACAUCCAAAAAGAUACACUUACACACAAGUCAAAAAGAUGACGAAAUCUUUUGCUGAAAAGCUAGGUCAAGGUGGAUUUGGUGCUGUUUACAAAGGCAGCCUCUCAGAUGGCCGUCAGGUUGCAGUCAAGAUGCUAAAGGAUCCCAAGAGUGAUGGGGAUGAUUUCAUUAAUGAGGUAGCUAGCAUUAGCAGAACUUCUCACGUCAAUGUCGUGACUCUCUUGGGAUUUUGCUUGCAAGGAUCCAAAAGGGCUCUGAUCUAUGAGUACAUGACUAAUGGUUCACUUGAAAGAUACGCUUGCAAGAAGAAUAAUUCCAGAGGUGGAAUUUCUCUUACUUGGGAAAAAUUAUUUGAUAUAGCAGUUGGCAUUGCUCGAGGACUCGAAUAUCUACACCGUGGAUGCAAUACCCGCAUCGUUCAUUUCGAUAUUAAGCCCCACAACAUUCUACUUGAUCAAAAAUUUUGUCCUAAGAUAUCAGAUUUUGGAAUGGCAAAGCUUUGUAUUAAUAAAGAGAGCAUCAUCUCCAUUGCUGGUGCAAGAGGCACAAUAGGCUACAUUGCCCCAGAGGUUUAUUCAAAGCAAUUUGGAGCAAUAAGUAGCAGGUCUGAUGUCUAUAGUUAUGGAAUGAUGGUUCUUGAGAUGGUUGGGGCAAGGGAGAGGAAUGUAGAUGCAAAUAGUGAAUCUAGUAGCCACUAUUUCCCACAAUGGAUUUAUGAACACCUAGAUGAAUACUGCAUCAGUACUUCUGAGAUGAACGGUGAGACCACAGAGCUUGUAAGGAAGAUGAUAGUGGUUGCUCUGUGGUGCAUACAGGUAGUUCCAACUAAUCGCCCAACAAUGACUAGAGUUAUUGAAAUGCUAGAAGGUAGCACAAGUGGUCUAGAAUUGCCACCAAAAGUGCUAUUGAGCUGGUAAGCAUCCGCAAAUUUGGAUCGUAUGACAUUGUUGCUCAUUUUCAUUCCGGUGCUGUAGAACUGCAAAUAUUAGCUGUUACAAGAUUUAAGAUCAUGUUAUGAUUUGGAAUUUCAAAUCAGAUUCACUACCA